AUGACAUCCGCAGUCGGGUCGCUCUUAUGUGUAGAGGUGAGACUUCUUGUCUAUGAAGUGCUUUUGCCUUGCACUGUCCUCGCCAUGUUACUGUCGUUGAAGGAACUGCGCCACUUCCGCCCCACGACUCGAGCCACGGGCAAGCUCUCGCUGAACGGGACCUAUGGUGUUCCGUCUUCCGCAUCUAUGAGAGGCGACGAGUCUAAUCCCGCCAUGUCUGUCCCGAACAUCUAA